ACCACGACUUGAACUUGAUCAACAAAAGUUCGGUUUUUACCCGGAAGUUCGGUUCGACUCUCCGCCUGAAACCUGACUUUAAACCUGACUUUAAACCUGACUUUAAACCUGACUUUAAACCUGACUUUAAAACAGAAUUCCCUCUGAUCUCUCGUCGUCAUGGCAUCCACGUCCGUCACCACCGUCGGUGGAGUGAUGGUCAUAACGCAGGUCAUCCCUAAAGAUGACCCCUCCAUCCCUCUCCGGGCUCCCGCCAACCCUGCACAGCAGGCCCCGCCCCCCAAAGUGACGACUCCACCCCCUGUCUCAGGAAAGGACAGUAAAGUGUUCCUGGGGGGGGAGCAGCAGGGCCUCGGGGUCGUGCAGGUCAUCAUCGGCGUGUUGUGUGUCCUCUUCGCUCUGAUCGGCGUUUACUCGGCGCCGCUGGUCGUCUACGCUCCGUUUGGCCUCGGCGUUGUCUUUGUGGUUUCGGGCGCGGUGGCCGUGGCAGCAGGAAGACGCUCCUCAACAAGACUCGUCACUGUGUCUGCGGUGUCCAACGUCCUCAGCGUCCUGCUGGGCCUGGUGGGCGUGGUCUACCUCUGCCUGCUGUUCGCUCAGACCUCCCCCUACGAAAUGAUCUGCAGCUACCUGACCCGAGACAUGACCACCACCAGCCCCGCCCCCACCACCAGCCCCGCCCCCACCACCAGCCUCGCCCCCACCACCUUCUCCUACAGGUGGUGGUACAGACAAAAGAAAAAUUACGCCAGGGAGCCGAGGCCCAUCUGCCCCAGUGGACUCUACAUGGCCAACGAGGUUCUGUACGGACUUCAGGGCCUCUUCCUGGUUCUGCUCGUCCUUCAGGUCUGUGUGUCCGUCACCGUCUGCGUUCUGUCCGGGAAGAUCCUGCAGCGCCGCAAGCGUUACUCCUCCAUGAAGGUGGAGGCUGACGGCAGCUCUCUGCUUGGACCCGGAUCACCUGACUUCAACCAGAACCAGCUCAGACCUGAGACCCCCUGAGAGGCGGCGCUGGAAGAAGAGUCCAACGCCAAAAAACUUUUAUUUUGGUGUUCACGCUUGGUUUCCUGCUUUUCUUUCACUUUUUCUUUUUAGUUUUUGGAGAAAAACUGUUUUUUUUUUUUUAAAUCUGAUGACGACUCGCAGCGUUCAGUAGAUUUAAACUUAUUAAACGGCACAAAUCUGUGACAAAAACAAGUUUCUCAAUAAAUAAAUCACAUUUUAAAGCUACAUCCCAUAAAAAACACUCAAUCUUUUG